AUGGCAUCACCACCAGAAACUUUUGACUUAAUCAUAAUCGGAGCAGGAGUGUCUGGUAUAAACGCCGCUUACCGGGUACAAACCGAACUUCCGCAUCUCAACUAUGCCAUUCUUGAAGGCCGAGAUGAUAUCGGAGGCACCUGGGAUCUCUUCAAGUAUCCAGGAGUCCGGUCAGACUCGGACCUUUACACCUACAGCUUUAGCUGGAACCCUUGGCCUCACCCCAAUCCCAUCGCCGAGGGACCUCUAAUUAAAGAAUAUCUCAAGGACUCUAUAAAGCAGCACGGUAUCGAUCACCGCAUCCGAUACAGACACAAAGUCCAGUCGAUGGACUGGUCGUCCAAGUCCCAACAAUGGACAUUGGCCGUGGACCAUGACGGCCUCGCAAGAGAAAUCAAGGCCCAGUUCGUCAUUCUCGGAACCGGCUACUACGACUACGAGACCCCACGCCCCGCCACGAUCCCCGGCCUCGAGACCUUCAAAGGCCGCGUAAUCCACCCGCAAUUCUGGCCCCAAGACUUCGAUCACACGAACCAGCGCAUCGUCAUCGUCGGCAGCGGCUCCACGGCCAUCACCCUCCUCCCCAACCUCGCCAAGACCGCCGCGAAAGUGGUCAUGGUCCAGCGCAGCCCCACCUACAUCGCGUCGAGCAACAACUCCCAGCCCGUCUCCGCCGCACCCCUGCGCCGCCUCGUCCGCCUCUUCUACCACCUCAUGGCCUUCCUCGGCGUCCUCUUCUACCGCACCUUCCCCACCCGCGCCCGCAACCGCCUCCUACGCGCCACGAAGGCCCAGCUGCCGCCGGGAAUGGAAGUGGACCCGCACUUCAGCCCGCGCUACCGCGUCUGGGACGAGCGCCUGUGCUUCGCGCCCGACGGCGACUUCUUCGCGGCGCUGCGGCGCGGGAACGCGGACGUCGUCACGGGGGUGAUCAGGAGGGUGACCGCCGACGCCGUGGAGAUGGAAGGCGGGGAGCGGGUCCCGGCGGACGCGAUCGUGACGGCGACGGGGCUGAACAUGCGGCUCGGGGGGGACAUCGCGAUGCGCGUCGACGGGAGGGGCCGGCCCAUGGCGGCGCGCGCGGUCUGGCGCGGCGCGAUGCUGCAGGACGUGCCGAACCUGUGCUUCCUGCUGGGCUACGUCGACAUGUCGUGGACGCCGGGCGUCGACAGCGCCGUGCUCGUGUUCGUGCGCGUCGUGCGCCUCAUGCGGCGCUGCGGGCUCGGGGCCGCGGUGCCGAGGCUUCCGGCGGCGGGGAUGCCGCUGUCGGAGAAAAGCGUGUGGCCGCUGCGCUCGACGUACGCGGCGGAGGCGCAGGAGAGGCUGCCGAAGUAUGGGAGGGCUGGGCCGUGGAGGCCGAGGGGGAAUGUGUUGCUUGAUUAUGUGCACUCGCGGUGGGGGGAUGUGGUGGCGGGGUUGCAGUUCUAUGCGUGA